GAAGGAGCUCGGCCCCCAUGCUCGCGCUUCAGGGUUCUCGUCGGCAUCAUGCACUGGUGAUCCUCAGCUUGCUGCUCAUGUCGAUCCAGCAAGCUUCAGCCUUCUCCCUGUCUCCAGCGAUAGGUUUGAGCCGCUCAGGUUCUGCGUUGAGUUUUGCACCUUCACUUCAUCCUAUUUGCUACAACAGAAACGGGCAUGCACAGCCUUCAGCUCCGUUCAAUGUCCAUGUCCCAAGCUUGAGGACAGCAGACAGACAAGGAGUUCUCUCCUUGAGUGCAAAGCUGCAAACUGGAAUCGUAGGCCUUCCGAAUGUGGGAAAAUCUACUUUGUUCAAUGCGCUCUUGAACAAGAUCACGGCGGAGGCUGCAAACUUCCCUUUCUGCACGAUUGAGCCGAAUGUUGGAAUCGUUCCAGUACCUGAUCCAAGGUUAGAGGUCCUGGCGAAGAUCAGCGAGUCGGUCAAGACUGUUCCUGCGACGAUGGAGUUCGUGGAUAUUGCGGGGAUUGUGAAGGGGGCGAGUGAGGGGGCUGGUCUCGGAAACAAAUUCCUUGCCAACAUUCGCGAGUGCGACGCCAUUGUGCAUGUUGUAAGGUGCUUCGAAGACGACAACGUCAUCCACGUCGAUGGGAGUGUGGAUCCUGUUCGUGACAUGGAGGUCAUCAACUUGGAGCUGAUCCUUGCAGAUCUUGUACAGGUCGAGAAGAGGCUGGAAAGGCUUGAAAGAGACAUGAAGAGAGUAAAGAAACCAGAAGAUGUCCUUGAACAUGGAUGUCUGAGCAAGAUCAAGGCUCAGCUCGACGAAGGCAAGGCUGCGAGAACGGCAAAGAUCAACGAUGAGGAGAAGCUGUCGAUCAAGAGCCUGGGGUUGCUCACCCUGAAGCCUGUCAUCUACGCUGCCAAUGUUCCGGAUAGUGAUUUGAGCACGGGGAACACCAUGGUGGAGAAAGUGAAAGAGCAGGCUGGAAAAGAAGGUGCCAAGGUUGUCCUGGUAUCUGCUCAGGUCGAGUCAGAGAUGGCAGAGCUCAGUGCGGAAGAGAAAGCUGAGUUUCUUCAAGCCCUUGGCAUCGAGGACCCCAAUGCGACUGGUUUGAAUGCUCUCGUUAGAGCUGCGUACGAACUGCUUGGUUUGAGGACUUACUUUACAACUGGUCCCACCGAGACAAGAGCGUGGACUAUCACAGCUGGAACAAAGGCUCCCCAAGCCGCUGGCGUGAUCCAUCAGGAUUUUGAGAGAGGAUUCAUCCGAGCAGAGACUAUCUCCUACAACGACCUCGUCAGCUCAGGGAGCGAGAAGGCAGCAAGAGAGAACGGACUUGCUCGCCUUGAAGGCAAGGAGUAUGUGGUACAAGAUGGAGACUCCAUUCUCUUCCGCUUCAAUGUGUAG